UUUAUAAACGGCACACCCAUCUUCCCCCUCCACACCAUCUCUCCCUCUCUGUUCGCUCUACAACACAAAAAAAGCGAGCGAGUCAGUGAGUGGGUGAGUGAGAGAGAGAGGCAUCGCCACCCAAUGGACAGCCACCGCUCGUCCUUCUCGAGCCCCCGAGCCUACCUUCGAGCCCUGGCUCAGACCCCGGUCCGCCUGGCCCGCCGAGCCGGCUCUGUUGCCACGACCUUCGAGGAAGUGAGCCGGGUGAAAGCCCGGUCCGGCCCCGACAUGCGGAGAACGCUGCGCUGGUACGACCUCGUCGGGCUCGGAAUCGGCGGUAUGGUCGGCGCCGGCGUAUUCGUCACCACCGGCCGCGCCUCCCGACUCUACGCCGGCCCAGCUGUCGUUAUCUCCUACGCCAUUGCCGGCCUCUGCGCCCUUCUCUCCGCCUUCUGCUACACAGAGUUCGCCGUCGACCUCCCAGUCGCCGGCGGCGCCUUCAGCUAUCUCCGCGUCACGUUCGGUGAGUUUGCGGCGUUUCUGACCGGCAUGAACCUCGUGAUGGACUACGUGAUGUCGAACGCCGCUGUGGCGAGAAGCUUCACGGCCUAUCUGGGUUCAGCCUUCGGAUUCUCCACCGCUAAAUGGCGUCUCACCGUCCCUUCAAUCCCCAAAGGCUUCAACCAAAUCGACAUCAUCGCCGUUCUCGUCGUUCUCAUAAUCACCCUCGUCAUCUGCUACAGUACGAGAGAGAGCUCAGUGGUGAACAUGGUGUUGACAGUGCUCCACAUUCUGUUCAUAGCGUUUGUGAUUGUGGUGGGGUUUUGGCAAGGGGAGUGGAGUAACUUCACCGAGCCUCGUGACCGGAAAACCCACCCAUCCGGGUUCUUCCCAUACGGGGCUUCCGGCGUAUUCAAUGGGGCGGCCAUGGUUUACCUCAGCUACAUCGGAUACGACGCCGUUUCCACCCUGGCCGAGGAGGUCCGUGACCCCGUCAAGGACAUCCCCGUCGGCGUCUCGGGCUCCGUUAUCGUCGUCACCUUUCUCUACUGCCUCAUGGCCGCUUCAAUGUCCAUGCUCCUCCCUUACGACAUGAUCGAUGCGGAGGCGCCGUUUUCGGCGGCGUUCAGGGGGAAUAAGGACGGGUUGGGAUGGGUAUCGAACGUGAUCGGCGUGGGGGCCAGCUUCGGGAUCCUGACGUCCUUGUUGGUGUCGAUGCUGGGGCAGGCUCGGUACCUGUGUGUGAUCGGACGGUCCAGCGUGGUCCCCGCCUGGUUCGCUAGGGUCCACCCCAAGACAUCUACGCCUGUCAACGCCUCCACCUUUCUCGGAAUCUUCACGGCUGCAAUUGCCCUCUUCACUGAGCUAAAUGUGCUCCUCGACCUUGUAUCCAUCGGCACCCUCUUUGUCUUCUACAUGGUGGCGAAUGCCGUGGUCUAUAGACGCUACGUUGUGCUGGGGACAACGAAUCCGCGUCCAACCUUGUCAUUCUUAUGCUCGUUAACUCUCACCUCCGUCAUAUUCACCCUUGUUUGGCAUUUUGCACCGCACGGCAAGCCUAAGGCCUUGAUGCUAGGUGCCUGUGGUUUAAGUGCACUUGCAAUAUUACAGAUUUUUAACUUUAUGGUCCCUCAAGCUAGGAAGCCGGAGUUCUGGGGUGUCCCAUGGAUGCCAUGGAUCCCUUCCAUAUCAAUCUUCUUGAACAUAUUUUUGCUGGGGUCUCUGGAUGGGCCAUCCUAUGUGCGGUUCGGAUUGUUUUCGGCUCUUGUGGUGAUUGUAUAUGUGUUUUACAGUGUUCAUGCUAGCUUUGAUGCUGAAGAGGAUGGGUUUCUUGGUCAAAAGAAUGGUGAAAUUCGGAUGGAAUCAAGAGAAAGUGAAGACCUUUGCCUUAAAGUGUAAAAAUUGCUUUGCUUUGCUUUCUUUCUUCUCAGGACUUAAAAAACUUUUUGUGGGUUGAUGGGUACUUGAAAAAGGUGCUAGUAGGAAAAGAGAAGAAUAGAAUAGACUAUAAUAGCUUGGCUGCAAUUUUUGCACAAAUGGGAAAUUGUAUAGCGGAAGUAGGCUUUCUCUUUGUAUAUUAGGUUAUCUAAUCCAUCUACUUUAUAGAGUUGGAUGUUUGACAUCGAAAGGUAAAUGUAAGAAAAUGAUGUAGAACAAAAAGCCAUGAGCUCAAUGUUAUGUGGCUAUUUAUCU